AUCUACAUUCAACAGGCUACAACUACGAGUGACAGGCAUGGUACGAGAAGAAUACCAAUAAAACUGGAUUGUGCGAGAAAAGAAACACAACUAACUGCUUAAAAAUAGACUACUGCGAGAAGAAACUCUUGGAACAGGGGUGUUUGUGACAUCUUAUUAAUAAUCUACCGGUUCAAUCUCUUUUUUGACUCGUUUCGACUGUAGUGUAAGUACUAAUGUAGCUCGUCUCUGGAGUGACGAAGUUUGUUGUCGUUCGCUUUUUUGGUUUAUUUCCUAUCCUUGUUGCGCAUGACUAACUCUUCUUCUCGGAGGUCUAUGUGAAAGUUGGAUUGGUAUUAUUUUUUUGCUGGUAUUAUGGCCGAAGCAGCCCAGCAACCUUUGGUGGAGAUCGACCCGGAUUUCGAGCCACUCUCACGGCCCCGGUCAUGUACCUGGCCACUGCCGCGACCGGAGUUCAUCAACCCGGCCAACUCGAAUACAUCCUCGCCGGCCCCUUCCGUCAAGCAGGAGCCGAGUGGCAAUGCAGAUUUCAUCAACAACCUUAGCUUAUUAGAAGAGACCGAAGACUACCCGGAGCAGAAACCCCUCGUCUUGUGCAAUGAUUUCCAGUGCCAAGAGACUUGCAUCCACCAACAGGCACAGCAACAUCAGCAACAGCAUCCGAGUCCCCAGCUCCCGCACCAGCAACAGGUGUCCCUGCUCUCCUCCCCUGUCGGCUCUGCCUCCUCAGUGGCCGCGACCGCCGCCGCUCAGCGGAAGACCAGCUCGUCCCGUCGCAAUGCCUGGGGAAAUAUGUCUUACGCCGACCUCAUCACAAAAGCGAUCGAAAGCUCCCCGGAGAAGCGCCUCACCUUGUCACAGAUUUACGACUGGAUGGUGAAAAGCGUGCCCUAUUUCAAGGACAAAGGCGACAGCAACAGCUCCGCAGGCUGGAAGAACUCCAUCAGGCACAACCUGUCCCUGCACAGCCGAUUCAUCCGCGUGCAGAACGAGGGCACGGGCAAGAGCUCCUGGUGGAUGCUCAACCCCGAGGGCAGCAAGAGCGGGAAGUCGCCCCGCCGCCGGGCCGCCUCCAUGGACAACAACAGCAAGCUCGCCAAGAGCCGCGGGCGAGCCGCCAAGAAAAAGGUGUCCCUCCAGGGUGGGUCGGAGGUGAGCGGCGACAGCCCCGGGUCCCAGUACAGCAAGUGGCCCGGAAGCCCGAACUCCCACAGCAACGACGACUUUGACACCUGGAACAGCUUCCGGCCGCGGGCGAGCUCCAACGCCAGCACGGUGAGCGGCCGCCGCUCGCCCUUCAUGCCCGAGCAGGAGGAGCUGGUGGACGGGGACGUUCACCUGGUCUACCCCGGGGGCUCGGGGGGGAAGAUGAGCACCCUCCCCAGCCUUUCGGAGAUGACGGGCCGCCACGCCUCGGAGAACGUCAUGGAGGACCUGCUGGGCAACCUCAACCUGCUCUCCCCCAAGAACCCGCAGGUGGGGGCCGGGGGCGGGGCCCCGGCUGGCUCCGCCCAGUCCUCCCCGUCCUCCAUGAUGCAGGCGAGCCCCAGCUACCCGGCCUACAGCUCCCCCAGCAUGGGCUCGCAGCCGCCCCAGCAGGACUACCGAAAGUGCCUGUAUGGCCAGGCGGGGCUCAACGCCAUGUCGCCCAUGCCCCUGCAGACGCUCACCGAGGGCAAGCCCGGGUUCAGCCCCCCGCUGGGGCAGUACGGCUGCCCCGCCGGGCUGCUCAAGGAGCUGCUGACCUCGGACGGCGACCCGCACGGAGACCUCAUGCCCUCCGUUGAGACCGUGGUGUCCCAGUCCGCGGGGGGUCGUAUGAUGUCCCCCUACAGCGCCCCCCAGCCCGGGCGAGGGGGAGGCCACCCCCACCCUCACUCCCACUCUCACCCACACCCCCACCAACACCCCCAUGCCUCGCGAGGACCCGCCCCCCCCCACUCCGUGGCCAUGAACGGGGGGCGCCCCCUGCUGCCCCCGGCCGGUAUGACACAUGCCGGGGGUCUGGCCCGCCUGGCCACCGUGAAGACCCCCAUGCAGGUCUCCUUCGGCCCCGGGGUCCACCUCCCGGGGGGGUUGCUCCCCAACUACUGCACACCAAACACCAACGGGUACGGGCGGCCCGGCCUGCCUCCUCCCCACCACCUGCACCACCACGAAAAGCUGCCUAGCGACCUCGACGACAUGUCCAUAGAGCGCUUUGAGUGCGACAUGGAGUCCAUCCUCCAUGACACGCUCAUGGACGGAGACACCCUGGACUUCAACUUUGACUCCAUGGGCGCUCCCCAGGGGUUCUCUCACAGUGUGAAGACCACCACACACAGCUGGGUGUCGGGGUAGACGUCAGACAGAGCCAAGCACACACACAUGUACAGGUUAACAAUUAAAAACCGUAUCUCAGCCAGAGCUGGACCUUCAUCAGGAAAAUGGAAAUCAGUGACCCAAAGACAGAGAAGCCAUCCCCAGUUCCUCUUUUUUCAUCUCAGUCGUUUCAAGAGACAAUAGAUAGUGUUGCUUUUCCUCCUCUCUUUUCUUCAGCACUCAGUUCUCGUGCAAGCCGAGACGCUUGUCCUCUCCCUUCAGAUUUUGUGCUGGUUUUUAUUUUUUUUAGACUUUUAUUUGCUUUUCAUCCAAUCCCUGUCGUCAUGGAACUGUAAAUAAAUCAAGUGCCAAACUAUUUGUGUGAACUUCAGAGCCAAGUUUAUGUUGCUUUUUUUUAUUUUUCCUGUCUCAAGGAGCUAAUCAGUGCUGAGCACGCUAGCCGUGUUAGCACGACUCCCUUCUUUAUGCCGCAGAAACGCAACAAACCAGUUCACCCCUGUAUAGCUAGGCUUUGGUAUGACGUAAUCUGCACCUUAUCUGAGAAAAAGUUGGAAAAACUGGAGUUAGAUGCCAUGUAAACAGGUUUUAUGUUUUUUUUUUUAUUAUUUUAUUUCAGGAAUUAGAAAUACCGUUUCACUUUGAGACAUGAAGAACAUUUAGAUCUCAAUUCUUUUAUGUCGAUUCUUCACGUCGCUUGAUGAUUUUUCUCCACCUCAUACAGUGUGCCAGUGUUUUCUUCAGGUGUUGAGCUUUUUACGUUAGUGUACAAUGUGCCCCUUAUUGCCUAAGUGAAAUCUUGUGAAUGAGCAGGAGAAACUGCUUGUUGUGAUAAAAGUGAUACCAGCUGUAAUUGGUCUCAGAUUGUCUCCUGUUCCAUUCAACUCGAUUUAAUCAUCUUCAGAGGUGUGAUAUAACCAUUGAUCAUGAGUCUCAAUUCACUCAUGCAAUGUGAAUGAGUGGCGCUCUCAUGAAUGUUAAUCUAGUCAACCUGCUUUGGUCAGAGGAGCUGGGAAGCUAAACUGGUGUAUGUGUUUGGACUCUGAAGGUCAGCGUGUAAAUACUGUAGAUCAGUCAAAGCUGGGCCUGGACUGUAUGAAGGAGGCUAACAGGCUCCUGGCUAACGGGCUCCUGGCUAAUGAGCUCCUGGCUAACGGGCUCCUGGCUAAUGGGCUCCUGGCUAACGGGCUCCUGGACGAUGUUACAUCAUAACACAUUUUUUUUUGUGUGUUGCAUAUUGUACUUUUAAAAUCAUUUUAGAUAUACUACAUUAAGAAGUAGUAUGUUUAGAGUUGUACAGCAAGUUUACAGGCAUGCACAUGUAAAUCAGGGUCAUAGAUGUAAAGCAGAAAAGAGAAGAAAACUGGAUCUGACUAUAUUUUGUGUUUCAUUCAGGCGGGAAACUUCUCAAACUUGAGUGCUUUUUUCAAUGAGGCUGUUAACAAGGUUAUUUCUUUUAUAUUUUUUGUUAUGUAAAUAACUAAAACGUAUAUUGAAAGUAUCUACGUAGAUAUAUAUUUGCAGAUGCAGAAGUUAUCCAACAUUUUUACAGAUUUGUUAUUAUCGUUAUGAUAUUAUUAUUAUUAUUCAUUAAAUUUUAGCUUUUGCCUCGUAGAAGGAACACAGUACAGUAACGUUCUGGUCGUCUGUGUUUUUCCACACAAACAGUUUUUGGUCUUAAACGCCUUAAGGGGCUUAAUGGCUGUGAUAAACUCUGAUUUUCGAGAUCGUCUCACGCACACCAGGCUUAAAAGGAGUCCUUCAGACUCCUCAGGCUGUGGCAGGCUCUUACCAUAAGGGACAGAAGACACAAAGCCCCAGUUGUAGAUAUUUUUUUUACAUUUUUGUAAUGCUGCUUUUCAAUGCCUUAGCCUGCACUUGCAGGUGCUCUCUGUUUCAGUAAAUGUGCCCUCACACUUAAGGCCCCCUCUCCAGUGAGUCCCCCCCCCCCAAAAAAAGAAAGAAUAGUUGAGUGUAUACAAUGAUUCACCAUUGAAGCCCACACGUGUGCUGUCAGGGGUGUUGGUGUGUUAGGGGUUGGGUGUUAUUUUAGUGCAGGAACAUAUGUCACUUAGCCACCAUCACUCUAUGGGACGGGAGAAAGAGAGGGGGGAACACAGGUCCCUGUCCUGUGGUUAGUUCGUCUGGGUGGAUGGGAAUGGGAGAGGCUGUGUCAGUGCUAAGCAUUCAGCCGUCCAAUGCGCUCUCUCUCUCUCUCUCUCUCUCUCUUUUUGCUGUUUGGCUCCUGCUUUUUACACCCCAGUUAGGGCUGUGUUAGCCCCCCCCUCCCCCCACCCCCUUCCCAAGCACUGGUCCAGCUGAUCCAAGUCUGUCUGUACUGCUUUGUUAUUUUUUCUUUUUUUUUGGUUGUUGUUUUUUUUUGUUUUGUUUUUUUUUGAACCUUUGGAUUUCUUUCAGGUGGAAUAACACACUGGUGCCUUUCAGCCACCUCCUCCUCCCCCUAACCAACUGUUUUAUUCUGUGUUUUUCUACCUCUCUUUCUCACUCUGUCGCUCUCUCAUUCCUUCUCUUUCCCUCUCGCUCUCAUUCUUUCUAAUUCUUUUUCUCUCAUUCUCUCUCUCUCUCGCUCUCAUUCUUUCUAAUUAUUUUCCUCUCACACACUCAUUCUCUCUCUCUUUCUCGAUCGAUCGAUGGCCCUCGCAUCUCGGCCUACAUUUAAAGAUGUCUGUUCACUCCGGAGUGAAAGAUGUUUUAAAAAUGCAGACUCACUGUGUGUAGCUUAGAGAGGUCACACCCAACCCUCCCCGCCUGUGAAGUGUUACUUAACUCAAUAGAGCGUGUACAUAGCAUUUUAGGUGUUCAUGAUUUUUUUCUUAAAAUUUUUGAAGACUUUUUUAUUUUUUAAGAAUGCAUACUGUUUGUUAAAGAAGACAUAUGCGUGUACAUACACAUAGAUGUUCCUGUAUGUAUAUAAAUAUAUAUAUAUAUAUUUAAAAGAGACAUAUUCCUUGUUUUAGCGUAUCAUUAGGGAGUGCUCAGAUAAAUAUGUAGAUGUUAAGAAGCCGAGAGGUUGCUGACCCCUGCUAAAAUGCUGUGCUCAUUAUCGUUCGUCAGGCUCUGUUUCCCAGUUUAAUGCUUAAUGAGAGCUACAGGACCGCAAACAAGCCUGUCCUGAGUUCACUGAUUACUGAAAUUCAGCAGAAAUGUAAAAUAAUGAAAAGCUAAAUCUAACGCUUGUUUAAAAUUCCUUGCUCGAAAUUAAGGACAAAGUGCAUCGUAGUUUGAUUGAAUAUUUGCCCAAAGGGCAAAGCUCGGGCUAGUUACUCUGGGAUAUUCCUGAAUUAAAAAUCCCAGUCUGGAAUCUAAAUAAAAUGUGGCUGUAUAUGAUUUUUCCCCCCCCCCAAUGACUUGUAUACAAGUUAGUAUUAAUUAAAGUUUAUGAAACUGACCAAUUUUACAAUCGCAUCAACUGAAGUUUGGAGAAAGGAAAAUCUAGCGUCAGUGUGUUAGCAUCUGUGCUAAUAGCACCAAUCCCACUCUUGCGCCUGAAGGUUAGCUGAGGGAAGUUUCCAUGAUCCAUAUUUCAGUCACAUUGUGUACGAGGUCCCUCAUUUCAGACCAUAGAACGUGAAUCUCCUGUGUACUAAAAAGCACAGGCGUACACAGCUAAUAUAAUAAUUAUAAAGAGAUUUUACAUAAAAAUAAUCAGAUAUAUAUAUAUAUAUAUUAUUAAAACAUGUAAAUGAUUGCUUUGUGAAUUGUGAAGAUGAUAUCACCUAUGCAUUCUUGUUCUUCUUUUUGUUUGUUUGUACUGAUGGUAAAAAAUGAAAAAAUGUCAUAUUGUAACAUAGAGUUGUGGAGAUAUUUCAUGUCGAUGUCAUAAUUGUAUUUGUUUUGAAUAGUAUAUGAAAAAAAUGAAGUAUAUUUAGACAUUAGAUGAUGCAAUGAUUCAAGUGCUUUGCUUUUUUGGUAAACUGACACUGUUGUUUUUAACUGCAGUUUAUAAGAAAACCUAAAACGUAGAAAAAAGAAGCUUAUUGUCAGUAGUAGAAAAAAAAAUCAGCUGUCUGUUGGACAAUACCCGUUUAGAGCGUGGACAUUUGGACCAAUUUUUUUAUAGACUGAGAAAUGUAAAUGUAUUGCACUUCUUUAUUACCAGUGCUAAUGGACAGAGAAGAAAUUGUUGCUUAUUUUAAAAUCAAACUGUUACAUCUUUAAACUUAUGUACAGUGAAGCAUUACAAUUUUAGCACAAUUUUCAAUCAAAAAAAUAAUAAAAAAUGAGUGAUGUACGCAUUUAGAAAAAAAUAAUUAAAACAAAUAUCCAUCUGUUUAGGACAGAGGUCUCGUUGGUUGGAAGGGAAGGGGUUGAGAAAUAUGUGUUCCUACAGGUUUGUGCUGACACUGACAUGUAAUUAUUAUUGCUGCUGUUCACAUGGAAGCUGAUUUAGAGGUUAAAAAAAAAAAAAAAAAACAUCCUUGUGAAUAAUCACUGCCUCAUUAACGGUUUAAAAAAUAAAAAUAAAAAAACAGCAAUUUUUUAAAGGUUAAUUUUUUUAACCUUAGCAACAGUGCUCCCAGAGUCCUCUUAUGAGUAAAUGCCGGAUACAACUGUAUUAUAUUGCAACACAAAUCAGAAAUUAAACAUGUACAAGAACAGUCUUUGCAGUUGCUGUAUGAAGCCAUAUGUAUACAUAAAUUAUGUUACAAAAAAUA